AUGGGGGACUGGCAGUCGUCUGGAGAACGAGAGAACAGCUCUCUUGCAGUUCCCAUCAAGUAUGACAUGCAAAUUUUCGUGUCUGCUAUUAUGUUGCCGAUAUUGUGUUUUAUCCGUCGCUCGACAGCACCGGCAGCGCGUGCGGUCCGUCCACCCAGACUCACCACCACCACGACAUGCAGGACCGUGAGACAGAUACAGACAUGGUCCAAUCCUCCCCGACAACACCGGCGGCAGACUCCGGCUGCUUCUUCAUUCAGCACAUCAACCACGGCGAAGACCAACACACCCGGCAAGACAACCUCUGACAGCAAAUCUUCCAAUCCCAACCCCAAUAGCAACAUCCUCCGCCUCCCCUCCGGCCGCACACUCGAAUACCACACCUACGGGCCCCGCACGGGGUUCCCAGUCCUGUACAUCCACGGAACCCCUGACUCAGGCGCGACGCUCUCCGGGUUCGAAACCCGCCUCGCACACCGGCUGAAUCUCCGCUGGAUCGCGCCGGAGAGACCAGGGAUCGGCGAGUCCACUUUUUCUCCCGGUCGCUCUGUUCUCGGGUAUCCGGCUGAUAUCCGAGCCUUGAUUCGGCAUUUGGGGAUAGAGCAGUUUGCGAUCCUGGGAGUUAGUGGAGGGACGGGGUAUGCGCUUGCGUGCGCGAGGGCAUUCUCCAAGGAGAUGCUAAAGGGCGUAGGGAUCUGCGCGGGCGUCGGGCCCGUCGAGGCUGGAUUCCAGGGGCAGAAUGCGCUGGUCAGCGAGGUCCUGACUGCGUGGCGCGAAUAUCCGCGGGAAAUGGCCGCCGCAAUUGACGCGAGCUACGUCGCCGCAGUGCAAGAUGCCGAUGAUCCCGGACGGCUAGAGCGGCUCUGGAAAGAAUCGCUCGUUUCGAGUUUCUCGGCGGAGGAUCGCCAUGUCCUUCUGAGUGGAGAUGCGAUGAACUCGGCGCUCAGGGUGCUUCGGCAGGUGUACAAGCACGGCUCGGCGGCGCAUGCCGAGGAGGUGCGAUUGAUGACCCAGCCGUGGGGUUUUCGGCUUGAGGAUGUUGGCUUUGAAGGGAUUCGAUUGUGGUAUGGGGAGCUUGAUACGAAUACGCCACCGCGCAUGGGGAGGUAUAUGGCUGAGAGGCUGCCGGGGGCUCUGUACAGGGAGUUUCCCGGGAAGAGCCAUUAUAGUAUUUGGUGUGAGGAGAUUGUUGGCGAGAUGGUGGGCGAGCUUCUGCAAAGGGUUCAGAAGUAG